GGACCUGUUUACAGGAAGGUGUGCUGCUUAAUGCUCAAUGUCUCAACUGGAUUUGAGAAAAUAUCACUGAAUUCAGGCUUUAAGCUCUGGCUCAGGUCACAGUAUUGUGUUAUUAGGUAAAGCAUAAAGUCUUCAUCGGCCAGAGUGACCCAUCCUGUCAAAGCUUAAUAUACUGCUUGCCUCAGCAUUAAGGAAGUAUAGACCUGUUAGCUUUUUACUCCUCCCUGGAUGGGAUUCUAGUAAAUCACGAUAUUUAAACGCCAGCAUUAAAUUCAUCAGUUCCCAUGAAUAUGCCUGGGUGGAGAGAGAGACUGUGAGAGUGAAGUGUCUUGCCAGAGAACACAACACAAUGACCCCGGCCAGGGCUCGAACCUGGACUACGUCAUCAGAAGUGCAGCAAGCUGAUCAUAGAUCAGUGCAAGAGAUGUGUUAGACUUGUUAGAAGUCUACAUCUUAGCGUGGAUUGAGAAUGACAACCAGAGUGAAUGAAAACAGACUUUCAGAAAGUCUAGAGACUAGCAAAUCUUCACUGUGGCAUUCUCUGUAACUGUGUAUUCAAAAUGUGAAGGGAAAAGGGGGAAAAAUGACUGUUAUCUGCCUUUUUAUUUUCAAUUGAGAAAAAAACAACUACAACAACAGCAACAAUGGCAAUAACAACAAAAAUUCUGAGAUUAAUUUUAGUGAGCUUUAUUUGUGCAUUUUUUAAAUCUCAUUUGUGUGCUGUUUCUCUUGACCAGCCUGGUGAUCUCUACAUUGAGAAGCUUCUUACACACACCAUAAAGGCUCAGUCUAACAUCAAGCUAAAGGAAUUGUCGCAGAUUUUAACUCAGGACUCAUCCUUGAAGUCAAAAGUGACAAUGGAUGACUUUUGUCCAAGUCUCGCCAUUCAAGUAUCACGCAACCCCACCCCUGCAGAGAUCAUAAUAAUCACAGUUGGCAAAAGGAAUGGCAUUUUCCAGGUGUCCUUGGGCAAUGGUGAAGAAAAUACGGUUUGUUCAGAGCUGGAAAACACACUGAACUCCAACCUGGAUCAGUUUCUUACUCUGUUAAGAGAUGCAAGGUGUCAGUUGUGUGUAAAGAGAUAUCUGAAGUCUACUGUUCAGCUACCUGUGAUAGCCUCGCUGUCUUUACCAGUUGUCAACUUGGCCGAUCACAAGUUAUCCCAGCUCAGUAAACACAGAUUGUUCAUCCAGUUCCGACGCCAUCCAUCAUACUGUUUGGUGGUUGAAGUGCUGUGUAAUAAUGACUCCGAAGAGGUUACCACCAAGUUUCACCUCUUGAAAGUCAAACCCUCAUUUGGAGAUGACACAAGUGAAGCAACCACAUCAGCUGACUCGGCCAGUGGAGACCAGAAACCCAAACGGGUUGAGGUGAAGAAGGAAGGUCGACAGAGCCAAGGCCGUGCAAGGCAGAGCUGUGAUGGAGCUCGGAACGCCGCGCGUGAAACCAAUCAGAAAAGGCGAGCUUUUUUCUUGACGGCUGGUCAUAUUGUGACCUUGGAUCCUCAGAAGAUGACUGAUUUUGCUGGGACACCGAUUGAAGGUUUUCCAACUUCCAGAGAAGAAGGGACGCAAAGGAAACGAAAGGUCGAGGCUCCAGACGAAGAUUACCAGAGUAACAAGAGACAGAAGACACUAAAUGACGUUUUAAAUGAAGGAAGAAAUAACUCCUCUUACCACCCUACCAUGGGGCACGUUGUCGCUAUUUGUCACGCAAGAAUACCUUUCAUUCAGAUCCGCGAAGAGCUGAGUCGACACAGGAUCAUCUACCAAGAUCUCACUUCAGAGGCUGGAGUGGGCCUUGCCGUUAGACUGUCCAACCUACCCCUUCCGAAGGACUGUGACCCUGCCUUAGUGUCCUCCCUUCAGCCAAGCGUCCUCGACUGUGUGUUGCGACUCCCUGAUGAGUCACAACGCACCUGUCUACUGGAAAUGAUCAUGGAUAACUGCCCACUGGAGGGAGUGUCCGCCAAAGAGAAGGGCCCCACCCGGCAUGUGUUCUUUGAGUAUAGGAUUCAGGAGGGGGAGAGGACCAGUGUUGUUGGCGACAAGGGAGGGGAUGGUGAAAGUGACUGGGCGGAAUCGGUGGUGACGAAAAUGUUGAAUGACUGGUGUAGCGUGUGCAAGCUCUAUCGGCAUGCUGUGGAACUAGAUGCUUAUCUCAAAGACACACAAAGCCAUUUUCGUCACAUGUGUCGUGUUUAUUCUUACAACUACAAACAGCUGACACUGCAGUACGACCCCGAUAAACAAAGCUUGGUUACUUUUGAAUGGUCUGUGGAGCAGUCGCAGUUCGUUUUAACAUUUGGUUAUUGUGGCUCGAAUCUGAGUGCAAAUCCUCAGUGCCUCACGUCCAGACUUCUUCAACAAGAGUUUAACAAUCACCAGAAUCUUCCAUACACUGUACAGAUCCUCCACGAAACGUUCCGACCUCUGUCUGCCAUAGCAAAGCUCAGUACUAAACCCAUCCUUGGCAUUCAUGUCCACAAACCUCUCAUUGCUUUACGGAAGCUUGCUAUUGCACCUCAAUCUUCAACAGUUGUGCUGCUCAUUUACAGACACUGUAAUGCACUAGAAGUUCGCUUCCGAGCGAAGAAUCUUGUCGCUAUAAGAGAUGCUUCAUACAGCAUUGUGGACCCCAGCAAGAGUAGAACUGGGUUUUCCUCAAUUCAAAACCUGAAGGCCUUUCUGCAACUUUACGUGGACGAAGUCGCCAAAGUCGGUGGAAUAACUUCCCGACAUGCCUCCACUGCGGACGACGAAGCACCUCCCUCACCUAUCACCAUGGAAACGGACACACCUGUCAUUGAUACGCAGUUUACGUCACCGCAGCCGAUGCCCAGCGGAGCUAAUCUCACUGUGUCACCGAUAAUCCCACGCACCUCGCCCCAAGCUCCUUCGCCGUUUUCUGCCUCGCCGAAUGUGAACAGUCCGGGAGCUAUCUACGGUGUUGGGUCUCCAGUUCCUCAACUCUCAGCUCUUCUCCAGCCUUCUCCGGCAGCAGCUCAAGGCUUAGCCCAGUCUCCUGCCGGCUCUCUCGGUCUUCCAGUGCCGUCUCCGGCGACUAGUCACCAGUUUGUCACUCCGUCUCCUGCAUUAGGCGGGUCCUCUCCAGCUCUCUCUCACAACAUGCCUGUUACGUCACCAGGGUCGUGGCCCAUGUCUCCGCAGUUCGCCGGUAGUGGCCAGGCUGCAAAGUACAGGACAACGCAAACUCCCCAAGGGCCGUCCGGAACUGGACUGAAACAACCAACCACUCCACCUCGACCGAUGACUGCUAGAACCUGGGCUGCUACUGUUCCAACCAUUUUAUCACACGCAGCAUUCACCAAGCUAUUCAGCCCAGCCCCCGUACUCACAUCUGUCAGGCGUGGGCCCCCAGUCAUGCUUUCUCCGCUGGAACGGUUUCUAUGUUGCAUGCAUUUGAAACGUCAUCUAACCAGAGUCAUCCAGAGUGAGGACUCGGCCGACAAGAAGCUCACGUUAGUGGGGAACGAGUUGAGUUGUGUGGUGUUCAAAGCCAACCAUCCCACCACAAAUCUAAAGUACAUUGUUGGUGUAGACUCCUCAUACACUGCGCUAAGACUCAGCGUCAAACCUCCACACGGCCAAGAGCCAUCUUGGAAAGACGAACUGAUUAUCCUUGAAAGAUUCUUUGAAACAAGGGUGGCCUGUGCACCUUACAAGGCAAGCGCCAUGUCGGCUUUUGCUCGACUACUUGGUGCGCCUGCCAACAUUCUGCGCGACUGUAUCAAGAUUAUGCAGCUGGAAUUGAAUCACGAGGCGACCAAGUUCAAAUGGCGUGUCGAAUGGUGCCUCACCAUACCCCCCAACGGGCCGGAGAUCGCCCCUCCUGGAACCCCCGCCGUGGUCCUGAAGGGCAAAAUGUUGUUUUUUAUCCAACUCAGCAGGCCCAUCCCGUCAUCCCCCACUGGAGAGGAACAGGUUAUAGUAGUUCCCAUUCUCCAUGACGUGCAGGAGAACACCACACAACAGGCGGAAAUGCCGCGCCAGGCUCCCACCGCUGCGGCUCCGUCUGUGAGUUCGCCCCAGCCUCACGCAGCCAUCGUCAAUGCUACUUUGAGGCGGUGGAGUGAAAUGAACUCUAGAACAGGUGAUUGUACAAUUUUUCCAGCUGUGUUGGAGCUUGCCCGGAACCUUGAUAUUCCUCCGUGAACACACUCUGGAAUGACAACGAUUAUUUAUCGCUGUAUAAAAAUGAAUUCUGUGUAAGAUUUAACUUAACGCAAAGCUGACUAAGUCAGAAGAUGUAACAGCAUAUUUUAAGAAAAGUAAAUAAAUGGUAGCCUUUUUAUGGUCGUAUUAA